AUGGAUGAGUUUAGUAUCAAUGACAAUAGUUUUAAUGAUUAUAAAGAAUUCGCAGAAUUCUUUCAAUAUGUUCAGAAUUCUUAUGCUGAAACUUAUGGAGAAGAAGCCUCUCAUGUUGUUCAAGAUGAUAAGGAUGAAAGUUAUGAUGAAGCUUAUAAUAAUUUUCAAGAAAGAGUUUUGUCUUAUACUGGAAGUCAUAAUAAAGAUUAUAAAAGUAAUCAGAAUAAUAAUUUGUCUUAUAUUAAUACUGAAAGUCAUAAAGAGGACUAG